AGCCUCGGUCCUACUCCGUGGAAGGUCCGUCGAACAACAAUGCGCAAUGUUUAGUUCCGCAUAUGCGGGCGCAGUGAAAUAUGCCUUGGUGCAAACAGGGAGCUACAGACAAGCUUGUUCGAGAGUUCUUACGCACUGGAUCUGCUGCAAGGAACAAGAUGAUGAAAAACUGGGGUGUGAUUGGUGGGAUAGCUGCUGCCAUGGCUGCUGGAGUGUAUGUACUAUGGGGGCCAAUUUCAGACAGGAAGAAGAAGAGAAAAGGUAUGGUUCCUGGUCUGCUUAAUCUGGGGAACACAUGCUUUAUGAACUCACUUCUCCAGGGCCUGGCAGCGUGUCCUUCCUUCAUCAGAUGGCUUGAAGACUUUACAAGUGAAAGCAGUGUCCAUCCAGAGAGAACAGAGAGAGAGACUCAGCUGUCCAGAUCUCUGAUGCAGUUACUUAAAGCCCUAUCAAGUCAUGAUCCUGGAGAAGAUAACGUUUUAGAUGCGGGAGGCCUUUUAGAAGCUCUCAGACUCUACAGAUGGCACAUCAGCUCCUUUGAGGAACAGGAUGCUCAUGAGCUCUUUCAUGUUCUCACAUCAUCAUUAGAGGAGGAACGGGAACGCCAACCCAGAGUUGCUCACCUGUUCGACAUGCAAACACUGGAGAAAUCUGUGGAGUCCAAAGAAAAAAAUAUCAGCUGCAGAAGUGGUGGCCCAUUACACCCUAUUCCAAGUUUAUGGAGGACUCGGCACCCUUUUCAUGGGCGGUUAACAAGUUAUAUGGCUUGCAAGCGCUGUGAGCAGCAGAGUCCUGUGCACUAUGAUUCUUUCGACAGCCUGUCUCUUUCAAUCCCUUCAGUACAGUGGGGCCGACCUGUUACUUUGGACCAGUGUCUACAGCAUUUCAUCUCCUCUGAAACCAUUAAAGAAGUGGAGUGUGAAAACUGUACCAAGCAACAGGCCGGAGAGCUUGUAAAUGGAGAAGUCCUUGAGAGUCAGAGGACGACAUUUGUCAAACAGCUGAAACUUGGGAAGUUGCCUCAGUGCCUCUGCAUCCAUUUGCAGAGACUGACGUGGUCUAAAGAGGGCACUCCCAUAAAGAGACAAGAGCAUGUUCAGUUUACUGAGUAUUUGUCUCUGGAUCGAUACAAACAUUGCACUGCUGGUCAAAACCUGCUGAGGACCAGCAGAACAAACAAACCCAUAUCUGCCAAAGCUGCCGGAGAACAAAAAGACAAAACCAUUGCCAAUGGUGUUGAACAUUGCAACAACAAUAAGCCACUGUCCAAUGGAACCUUUCCCUCUGUCUUUCUACACUCACCAGGACUGAGCUCACAACUCAACCUCACUUACGACUACAGCCCCUCAGAGUACCUCUUCCGCUUAACAGCUGUGCUGGUUCACCAUGGCGACAUGCACUCGGGACAUUUUAUCACUUACCGCCGCUGUCCUGCUGCUCCCCGUGGAACUUCUCCUUUUAGCUCCCAGUGGCUCUGGGUUUCUGAUGAUUCUGUGAGGAAAGCCAGCCUUCAGGAGGCGCUCUCCUCCAGCGCAUACCUGCUCUUUUACGAACGAGUGCGAAGGCACGGUCUGAGGGUAGAAGAGUAACAUCCCAGCUGACCCGGGUUACUUAUUGUUGGUUUAAAUCUAGAAUGUUAACCCUUUUCAGGCCGUGCUACUAUGGCCAAGUGCAAUCGUGCAUCCCUGUGCAUGCAGUUUGCAUGCAUGUUGUUUCUGAUCUCUCUUUGUGAGAAAGAGAGGGAAGACGAGGGUUCUGUAUUUCAUAGUUUCCACCUUAAUCUUGCUCAGUGUCUACGGCGGUUGUUGUUUUAGUAAACUGCAUAGGAAUGAUGCCAGUCAUGAUUAUUAGUUGCCACUGAUAUGGGAUUCACAUUGAGACUUGAACAGGAAAACUCGACGUUUCAUGAUAAUGUUUUUUUGCAAAUUGACCCAGAAUUGUUGCCUUCCUCAUUAAGCUAAUGAUUUCUUAGACAGAAGAUUUUUACGUGGUUUCUCAUGCAGUUUUUUUUUUUUAUAUGUAAUUAGCGAUGAUGUGUCUUUGUCAAUGAAUUACCCAUUGUUAAUAUUGUGUUUAUGCAAUUCACAUAUAACAGUCUUUUGUAACAUGUAAACCCCAACAAGUAGUUUGUUUCACAUUUUGGAGUAAAGAACACUCAACCACGGGAUGGAUCCUCAUCGGGUGUUUAUAGUGUCUACAUGUAGAUCAGUUUUUCUAUAAAUCCUCCUUAUUUUUUGUUUUGUUUUGUUGUAUGAUUGACAUAUCCUAUCAUUUUAACUUUAGUAAAUGCUUAGAAGGGAAAUUUAGCAGGGAUAUGAGAAUGGCAACCCAUGUUCCAGAUCCUGAGUAUUUACCACAGAUUUUCAGAUGACAUAAAUUAUUAGUCUACACCCAUUUCCAGUGUUAUGUAAGCUCCUUGUUAUUUGUUGAUUGUAAAUUAUGCUAUUUGCACAAACAAUUGUAUAUUUUUAUGGUAUUGGUGUGUAUGACUGUGUGGGUGAACAUUUUUUCACAUAUAAAUAAAAUUAAUUCCGCAACAGUAAUA